AAUAGCAGGCAAAGGACUUUUUUUCUACUGAGGCAGAGCUGGUCUGGUGGCUGUUUCAAUCAAAGGGAAGGCAGAGGGAAGGGAGGCUCUGCGGAGAGAUGUAAGAUGGCAGAGCUACAAAUGUUGUUAGAGGAAGAGAUUCCGGCCGGUAAAAGAGCGCUUGUAGAGAGUUAUGAAAACCUGACCAGAGUAGCCGACUACUGCGAGAACAAUUAUGUCCAGGCCCAGGACAAAAGGAAAGCACUGGAGGAGACCAAAGCCUACACCACCCAGUCCCUGGCCAGCGUGGCCUACCAGAUCAAUGCCUUAGCCAACAAUGUCCUGCAGCUGCUGGACAUUCAGGCCUCGCAGCUGCGGCGCAUGGAGUCCUCCAUCAACCACAUCUCUCAGACGGUGGACAUCCAUAAAGAGAAGGUGGCCAGGCGGGAGAUCGGGAUCUUGACCACGAACAAGAACACGGCGAGAACCCAUAAGAUCGUAGCGCCGGCCAAUAUUGAGCGGCCGGUCAGGUACAUCAGGAAGCCUAUUGACUACAAUGUCCUGGAUGAUGUUGGCCAUGGUGUUAAGUGGCUAAAAGCCAAGCAACAUGGGAACAAUCAGUCCAUCAGGGCUGGAACACUAUCGAGGACCACUCCGCCAACGCAGAAGCCGCCCAGCCCUCCCAUGUCAGGGCGAGGCACUCUUGGACGCAACACGCCCUAUAAGACCCUGGAGCCAGUGAAGCCACCCACGGUGCCCAAUGACUACAUGACCAGCCCUGCCCGAAUCGGCAGCCAGCACAGCCCCGGACGCACGGCGUCGCUCAACCAGAGGCAACGCACACACAGUGGAAGCAGUGGGGGCAGCGGCAGCAGGGAGAACAGCGGCAGCAGCGGAAUCGGCAUUCCCAUCGCUGUGCCGACACCCUCCAUCCCCAACUCUGGACCAGUCCCACCCAUGUCUGCUCCUCCGGGAGCCCCUCCGCCUCCCCCACCCCCUCCUCCACCACCUCCACCUGCUCCUCCUGCAGCCGGACUAGCACCACCAGCACCACCUCCUCCACCACCCAUAGCCGUGGCCCCCGGGCCUGGUCUGGGCCCUGCUCCAGUGUCCCAGUUUGGAACCAUCUCCCGCCAAAUUUCGCGGCACAACCCCUCCAACUCCUCUGUCUCUAUGGUUUCGGCCACGGGCACCUACCGCCGGGCACCGUCGGUCACUUCGCAGUUCUCCUUGCAGCAGCAGCAUCAGCAGCAGCAGCAGCAGCAGCAGCCUCACAUUAAUGGAGGCACCCCUGGCUACAGUCAAAACUCAAUGUCUGUCGCUCCUCCUCCUCCUCCCAUGCCCCAGCUGACUCCACAGAUACCUCUGACUGGCUUUGUGGCCAGGAUGCAGGAGAGCAUUGCAGACACUCCUACCCCGCCUCCCCCUCCUCCUCCGGACGACAUGUCCAUGUUUGACGACUCCCCUCCGCCUCCACCGCCGCCUCCGGUGGAUUACGAGGAAGAGGAGGACGCCUCAGUCGUGCACUACAACGACCCUUACGCCGACGGAGACCCACAGUGGGCUCCCAAGAACUACGUUGAGAAAGUGGUCGCCAUCUACGACUACGCCAAGGACAAGGACGACGAGCUGACAUUCAUGGAGGGCGCCAUCAUCUACGUGGUCAAGAAGAACGACGAUGGCUGGUACGAGGGCGUGUGCAACGGCGUCACCGGCCUGUUCCCCGGCAACUACGUGGAGUCCAUCAUGCACUACACCGACUGAAGGGACCUGGCAGUAGAAGUACAGUCUAUUUAUUCAGUCAUAUCCUUAAUCCACUGAGAGACUGACAGCAGCGAUCCGACUCCUGACAAGCAUAGAUAUAAAUCCUUUCAUUUUUUAUUGUUUUGGAUAUGGCAGAAUGUUUUUUUUUCUUACUGAUUGCAAAUGAAAUAAAAAGUAAUAUCUAUUUAGUUUUAUUGGUGUGAUAAAGGCCGGGUGACGGACGUGCAGCAACAUCUUUCCUGAACAAAGAUUUUCUGAUUGAGAGUUUGAAAUGGAACAAAUAAAACACCACAGAAGCACCUUCAGUCGACAUGUUUGUAUAUAAGAUGAGCUGCAGCCGCUCGGAGUCCUGCGAUGAAAAUCCAGUGAAUGUCUAACAGCUGCUUUUAUCGCGGCGCCCUCCUCGACUCGACUCCAACACAGACGGCCUGUUUAUACCUUUAAAUACUGUAAAUGGUAUUUCAAGGAACCAAAUCCUUCGGAGAAUCGGUUUUGGAGUAAAAAGCAUGCAAAUAUAAUGUAAUCUUUAAGUUUGUCGCCAUUAUGCUUCCAUUAUGUUGUAAAUGUAUUUUCCUUUUUUAACAUUUUUUAUCACACUGUUGAAAUCACUGAACUUUUCAUUAAGAAAAUUCGAAGCCUUCCUGCAGUCUCGCUUUUAAAAACAUGGAUUCAAAAUCAUGAUGUUUGAAACAAAGGACACAUUCCUUUUUUUUUUUUUAAAUCAAGCGUCUAAAUCAGAGUUCUGCAGGUUUUAUUUGUUUCCCUGGUUCAACACGCUGGAAUCAGUGAAGCAGCUCUCCUCAAAACCCUGCUCACGGGUUCUGCACAAACCUGUUAAUGAGUCAUUAUUUAGUGCCAGGUGAGUGGGAGCAGGGAAAUGUCUAAAGCUUGCAGGACACGUAGGACCAGAGAUGAUGAGCCCUGUAGGAACCAAUUAUGCACAAAAAUCUUGUAUUUCUGAGAAAUUCAGUUGUUUUUUAAGUAUGACAUUAUCAGCUGCAGUUGUGACAUUAUCAAAGGAGUUUUCUUCUGCUAGGCCAAUAACCGAUCUGUAGCAUAAUAACUUAUUAGCAAAUUUGUUUUUGGCUUUAUUACAUUGAAAAUGGCCGAAAUGAUGACGUCAUUUGCAGGUAUCGUGUUAUUGGUUGCUACAACCCUGGUGUAAAUAACAGGCUCGUUAGAGAUACCUGUGCAGACUGCAUAGCUGACGUGAAUAGCAUGAUGGGGAGAUUUCUGUCCAGUUUGAUCCCAGUUUGCUCAGAUUUCUGGUAAAAACAGACAACUGCAAUUUCACGAGAUUUUCCAAUUAGUCUCAGAGAAUUACAGGAAACUCCUGCAGCCAACUGGUUUCCCAGUCCCGUUCCUCAGGAUCCAUUACUCUGCUUGUUUUGGAUGUUUCCCUGCUUUAAUACAGCCGGUUGGGCUUGUCUGCAGAAGCCUGUUGACUCGUUAUGCAGGGUCGGGGUGGAGGCUGUGGGUCUCCACAAGCAUGAUUGGGAAACUUUUGAUUUAGACGUUAAGAAAAUAACCUAAAACUUUUUUUUUUUUUUCUGCAAAACCUAAAACUAAAAUCUUUUCAUUCUUCAGCCUCUGAAGGAACUAGAACCAUGAAUUUCCUUUAAAUGACAAUUAUCGUGAUGUUCGCAGGUAUUUACAGAAUCAAAUCGGCAUCAGUGGAGAUUGAAAAUGUUGAUGCUUCAUUUCUGAAGUGGUGAGUUUUUUUUUAUUUAGACAGAUUUUGCAAAUGUAACCAUCAUGAGAGGCUGAAAUGCUAUGAGAUUAAUGAUUACAGAUUUUAAAUUACUGUAUGAUUAUACAUAUUCUGCUCAGUGGGAUGAGAAAUUGACAGUUUUGAAAACUAAACCCUUUUUUUUUGUUUACAAUCUGUCAUUUUAAAAAGUGAUAAAUCUGCUCAGCUCAUUUUUUUUAGGUGCUGCAAACAGAUCAUUUUCAGGUUUAAGAAUUUAAAGAAAAUUUAGCUGAAACCACCAAUAAAUGGUCAGUAAAGCAACAAGAAACUGUACAAACUGAAGAAUUUAGAAGAUUUUAUUAAAGCAGAGUCGGAUUUAACAGCGUCUCAUGUCCAACCGUCCUGCUACUUCCCAUCACUGCUGUCACUUUAAUCCACACAAUCUGUAGGCUCUAUUUCAUGGAAUAUAUCUCUGAAAGGUGUGUAGUGGUGGACUCGAGUCGUCCUGCUCACACUGCCAUGUGACAGUUCAGACGUAACAAUGCAGACCAACAACCAACCAAUACCUCCUCAAUCUUAAAGCGACAAGGACCUGCUCUGAGCUGCACAGGUGUACAUAUUAAAGCAGCAACUCCAGUCAAAUCAGCCACUUUAUAUUAGGUGUCACUCAGGAAUCAUCCUCAACGCAUCGUCCUCCGUUUUCCUCCCUGUGUUGACUAUUUGCAUCGCCUGCAGUGGUCACGCUCAGGAUAUCGCAGCUAAAUGCCUUGAUUCUUGUCCCAGUUUCAUUUUUUAUCCCCCCCAAAAUAAUUAUUUCAUGGGUAGAAGUAUUGAAAUCCACUUCUCUCUCUGCUCAUUUGUAUAUAAUAAUGAUUGAAAAAUUAAUGUACAGCCUUUUAUAAUAAACAAUUCUAUGUA